CGAAAUUUGUAUUUGCCUAUUAUUUCAAUCGGCAACAUGGAGAUAGGCGAAGAGCUACGAACGUGGUUAGAGGACAAAAGCAAACAGUAUACGGCACGCUUGGAAUUUGCAAUUAAAGUGUGGCAAUCUCUCGAUUUUGUCUACAUAAAUAAACACGAAGUCAUUUGUCAAUGGCUGGCGGAGACGCUGACAAAUGUCGACGAGGAGCUGCCCGUGUCACAGCUGCAACAGCUGUUCAGCCUGCGCGCCCAACCGGGUCUUGUGGGUGUGGCCACAAAGUCGGCUCUGAUUCAAGCGCUGCUCAAGCGCAUUCAGGAUGCGGCUCCCAUUGCUGGUCACACACAUCCGGCACUGAUCCAGCAACUGCUGAACUUUGAGCUGGUGCAGGAUGCGCUGCGUGCCGACUACGAUCUAAUCAUGUGCAGCUAUGGCAUUCUCUUCACCUGCUACGAGCGACAGCUGCUCUUCUGUGGAGAUGACAAGGAAAUGCGUCAUGCUGACUUUAUGCUGCCGCUGCUGCAACAGCUGCGCGACUAUGUGCAACGUGCCCAGAAUCGUCCCCGUCUGCUCAAGGCAUACACGGAGGCGACGCUGCAGCCUCUCUGCCAGCUGUUCCUGCAGUUGCGUGAGCGCGGCUUCUGCUGCUUCGAGCAACUGGCGGCACUCGAGAUGCAGUUAACGGAUCAUCUGGACACCAGUGAGUUGACCACACGCAUGUCCAAGCUGCCACUGGCCUUGCAUCUACUCGUCCUGGAAGCAGCACUGCUCAAUCAUCGGUACGAUCCGGUUAAACAAUUUAAGCUAAUAAAUUACGUGCUCAGUUGGAGCGUUCAAUGGAAGCCGGAAUAUGUUGAUCCACCGGAAGCAGUGAUCACACUGACCACCCAUGCGCUGGAGUCGCUGCGCAAGCACAACAUUCCACUGCAAUUCGAAGAGAUGCGCAAACAAUCUGCCGUCGCCUUCGUCGCCGAACAUCUGCUCAAGCAGAUCAGCCAAUUCCGAGGCGAACAUCUGCGGCAGUUACUAAUGAUGCUCUGUGCCGCUUUGCGUCUCAAUCCGCUGCUGAUUGAACCGAAUGUCUAUCAGAUCACCGUGUGGAUGCUGUGCGCUCCGAAACGCAACGAUUUGGAGUUGCGUCUCUACGCGGAGUACCUGGUGCUUCUGCUGGACAUGUGCAGACGUUUGAGUCGCACCGAACGCUUCAUUAUGCAGCUGCUGAAAUCGUUGCGAGAAUGGCUCUCCAAAUUUGAGCUGCCAAUGUCCACGUGCAACGGCGAGUCCAAGCGCAGUCGCCUCACAUCGGAGCAGGAGGAGCAGCCGGCCUUGGAGCAAGACGAUGAUAUUUAUCUACAGCUGUUGUUCAAGACAACGAGGCCAACGGAAGCUGUGUGCUGCACAAGGGAUCGCCUCGCCCAAACGUGGCCAAGUCAGACAGCAGGCGCUGCGUUCACACGCCUCGUCAGUCAGCUCAUGUCCACGCCAUCCAUUGUCAUCUGGCGAAUGCUGCUGCACAGCUUUGCCGAUCUGCUGGUGACCGAUUCGCAGGCGGUGCUGCCGGUGAAUCUUAACUUUGCCAUCGAGCUGCAGGCAACUCUGCUUAGUCAGUAUCUGUUGGGCACACGGCUCGCGGAGCAAGUGCAGCAGCACGAGACCCAGGUGGCCGAGCAACGUCAACAUACCGCCCAGGUACUCUGCCAGUUUGGACGACAUCUGCUCGCGCGGGAGCACAAUCGUCGCACGAUGAACGCAUUCCUGGAGUGCGUCGAACGGGCCAGUUGCUUUGAUCUGCUGCUCGCCUAUUAUUGGCCAGACGGACUGUCACAGACGAAGCUGGACGUGGAGCCGGCACAGCUGCACAAAUUCCUGCCCAGCCACGAGUGGAAACUGAUCCAGCAGCGUGUUCACAAUUUCGGUAAAAGUUUGGGCCGUCAGCGAUUGCAGCGUCUGGAACUACAGCUGAUCGAAGCCGGCUGGCUGCUGUUGCCCAACCAGCGUGCGCAGCCCUGUCCGGAUGCCCUCGUCGAGCUGGUGCCCCCUCAACUAGUCGCCCACCACUUGACACGAGCCCAAAAACAGCUGCGACUGCAACAACAAGCGAAACAGCUGCAGCACACAGAUCUGCUGCACGACGCCGAAUGUGUGGAGCUGCAGACGCUGCAGCUGCUCGAGGAUUACGCAGCCAGUCUGAAGGAGGCCAAGAUUAAGGGCACGCUACUGUCCAAGCAACUCAAGCUACUGCACGAGGAUGAUGAGUCCGCCUUGGCCAAUGCGUUGAGGCAACAUUGUGCGAGCACAAAGCAGCCGGCAUUGCCAAUGGACACAACGCUGGAGCUGAUCGAGGCACUGCACCAGCUGCCACUCGUCCAGCUGGUUAGCAGAAUUAAGUCGCGUCUUUGGUUGCUCAUCUUCAGCCUGUAUCACGAUGUGAGACGCGCCCAGCUGCAGCAACAAGCCGACCAGCUACUCGAGCAGCUCAUCGAUAUUUUACAUUUUGGUCAGCCGCUGGCGCUUUACAAUUAUUUUCCGCAGUUGGUGGAGCUGCUGCAAUUGGUGCCCAUCGAUGCUGGUGCUGCUAGUGAUGCAGCAACAGCGGCCGUCUCGUCUGCCAGCCCGCCUGCGUGGCGAUUCUAUGAGACGCUCUUUGGGCGCUGCAUUCGUCGCUUAGGUCCCGGCACCGAUGUGUUCCUCGCCAGUUGUGCUCAACACUUUCGCGACCAGUUGCAGCAAUCGCAAUUGGAUACGGAGUGCCGCCGGUUGCUGCUGCUCGCAAUUGAGACGCUGUCGAGCGGGACGGGUGUGCAGGCGAGACGGAUGCAACGACAUCUGCAGCCGCUGCUCGAGAUUUACGGCCAGUUUGUCACACAUAAGUUUCGAUCGAAAAAGAAGCCGCCAACCGUCUACAAGGAGUUUGUGCAGCAGACCCUCAGCGGCUAUGCCAUCUAUCUGAGCAGCUGCAUCAAUCGUGCCGCCAAGCAGCAGCAACAGCAGCAGCAGCAGGAUGAGAAGCAGAAGGAGGAUAAAAAGGACGUGGCAACGACAACGACAACUGUGCAACCAAUCGAUGAAAACUUCCGGCACAUCUGCAAGAUUUACAUUGGACACUCGUUAAAUUAUCGUAAUGCACAUGCCAUACGGCUGCUGAAUGUGGCGCUAACGCAUCGCCAACUGCUGCAUCUGGACCUGGACGAGAUCGAGUUUGUGCUCAAUACGUAUUGGCGGCAAUUGAAUGCGGACAUUGAGUCCGCCUCCACAUUGGACAUCCAGUGCAUUGAGCCGGCCAUUAAACUGAUCAUUGGCUACAAGACCAAUGAGGAUUUUCUGCUGCUAUUGCGCAGACUGAUCGCCCAGCUGGACGGGAUGCAGCGGCCAGAGACGGCUGCCGAGCACACCAGCCUGCAGAAUGUGCUCAUCUUGUUGACGCUAUUCGCGAAAUGUUCGCUGAGCAGCAUUAAGGCGGCGAUGCUCAACGAGCACUUCGAGCUGAUCAGCGGCAAUGUUGCGUUGCGCCUGCCGCCCGUCAUCGAUGCCAGCUAUCGGCAGCAUGUGCUGCGUCUGCUGGAAGCACAGAGCGCAUUGGUCAGCAAUCGAACCGUUCCACUUAGCGGCGAAACACUUGACUCCAUACUUGGCAGCAUGCUCGAUAUAAAUAUCAAACGAUUCAUCAUUGCCGGCGGCAGCUGGUCGGAUUUCGUUCAGCUGCACGCCGCUCUCUCCGAGAAUUGUCUGCUGCUGUUGCGCAACCAUUCGUCACUGAUGUCGGAUCGUGCCGCACAGCUGACGGCUAUCUGUCAGGAUCUGGUGCAGUCGAUUGUCUGUUAUCGCAGCGAACGCAAACAGGCUCAGAGCCUCACAGAUGCCGAGCUCGAUGGCCUGUCUGAGCUGGCCAUGAAACUGGUUACGCUCAUCGCCGCCAUUGCGGCGGGACCUCUAGCGUUGGCCAUCAAACGUGUCGCACCGUUCCUGCUGAUCUUCACCAUCAAGCAGAUGGUCGCCACCGAGCGACCCACCACACUCUUCGAAAAGGUGAAGGUGCACAUGACUCGCAUCUGCCAUGAGCUGAUUGGCAUCUGUGAUCAUCGCGCUGGACACUUCAUAUUGCGUGCCAGCAGCGAAGCUGGCGCUGGCAUGUAUCAAAAUCUGGUCAAGGAGCACGACAAGUACCACAAGUUCCGGGGCAAAGUAUAGAUGGAUAUAAUGUACCCAUGUACAAACAUUGUAACUAAUUCUUAAUGAAUAAAUAUUAUAUAUUUAUGUAUAGUAAGAUUAAACUGAUUGCUACUUCAGAUGUUAAA